UUGACUGUCGUAAAUUAACGUAAUCGCCGUACUGCUUUCCGGUCGUCGUAAACAGGCGUGCGUUCUUCUUAACUUGACAUUUUUUUUUACAUGGUAUUGUUGCCUCGUCGCGUUUAAAUCAUUGUAUAUGAGCGGUGAGUGUAAGAACAAAGCUCGGAUCACACAGAAAAGCGACAAAACGACGACCAAAGAAGAUGUUUAAAAAGUUUGAUGAGAAGGAAAAUGUAUCAAACUGCAUACAGUUGAAAACCUCCGUCAUUAAAGGCAUAAAGAGCCAGCUGCUGGAUCAGUUUCCUGAAAUUGAGUCAUGGCUCAAUCACAUAAUGCCAAAGAAGGACCCUGUCAAAAUAGUGAGAUGCCAUGAACACAUUGAAAUCUUGACAGUGAAUGGAGAGUUGCUCUUCUUCAGACAACGGGAAGGCCCGUUCUACCCCACGCUGAGAUUGUUGCAUAAAUAUCCGUUCAUUCUUCCACACCAGCAAGUCGACAAAGGGGCCAUCAAAUUUGUCUUAAGUGGAGCCAACAUCAUGUGUCCAGGGCUGACGUCACCGGGCGCUAAACUCUAUCCGGCUGAAUCUGACACUGUCGUCGUAUCCUUUUUAUCAUUGAUGAUUUGCAAGAAUUGGCUUUCUGCGCACACUUUUUCAACAUUUUACAGAGAAAAAGUCAACAAGGGCAUCGGGAUCGAGAAUGUUCACUAUCUGAAUGACGGACUGUGGCACAUGAAGACUUAUAAAUAGGACCCAUCCCACCUCCGUCCCAAGAAAAUAUAUCGCAAGGUGAACAGCUCAUCUGUUUACGCCGAUUUAACCGAAGCUUUGAACUAGUUCACCGUUGUGUACCAAUUAAAAGAAACACUUCACUUUGAA